UAUGAAUUAUGGAAUCGCUCCUUUUUUUUUCCGCAAAAGAAGGAGAUCGAUUCCAUGCGGAUGGUUACGACGGCCGGGGAGAGAGGAUAAGGUGUGGAAAUACAAUAAAUUGUGCCAAUUAUAACAACUUGCGGGUCAAUGCUUCGGAAGGUCCAGGGUUUACUGCAGCAACUUAAGAUUUGGCCAGCUCUAUCAAAAAUGGCAGAAAUUGGUGGAGUGGACACUGCAUCAGGAAAGCGGCCUGUAGAAGAUGAGAAAGCUGAUCAGGAAGUUAAAAAGCAGAAAACUGAGGAUGCAUCUACAAGUGAACCAAAGAAAGUAAUGAAGAGGAAAGUUGCUAUUUUGCUAAGUUAUUCUGGGGUUGGCUACAAGGGUAUGCAAAUAAAUAAAGGCUUUAAAACCAUAGAAGACGAACUUUUUAAAGCAAUGACAAAAGCUGAGGCAGUGACAGAAAGCAUGGCAGAACAUAUUGGCAAGAUGUCGUUCCAGCGUUGUGCAAGAACAGAUAAAGGAGUCUCAGCUGCUGGCCAGGUUGUCUCUAUGAAGAUGUAUUUGUUGAAUGAUGUCGUCGACAGAAUAAAUCAACAUUUACCAGCCCAGAUUCGGGUCAUGGAUAUUGUGAGAACAAUGGGAAUAUUCAGCUCUUGGCGAGACUGUGACGAGCGAACAUACAUUUAUGUUCUUCCAACGUAUGCAUUUUCGGCAGCAGAUGAUAUUACAAUUGACACGUAUAGAUUUAAAGAUGAAACCAUUAAGGAGGUGAACCGUUUGCUGCAAUAUUACCAUGGUUCAAAGAAUUUUCAUAAUUUCACAUCUGGCAAAAAAUUUAAGGACCCAAGUGCCUAUCGCUUUAUUAAGGAUUUUACAUGUAGUGAACCUUUUAUGCAAGAUGGAAUGGAGUUUACAACCUUGAGGGUCAGGGGUCAAAGCUUUAUGUUGCACCAAAUUAGAAAAAUGGUUGGCUUGGUGCUAGCAGUCAUUAGAGGGUUAGCAGAGGAAUCAGUGAUGAAGAAGGUCUUUGAGGGUGACAAGCUUGACAUUCCCAAAGCACCAGGCCUAGGCCUAGUACUAGAAAGUGUACACUAUGAGCAUUACAAUGAGAAGUGGGGGAGUGAUGGACUGCAUGAGCCUUUGGUAUGGGAUAGUUGUAAGGACAAAGUAGAAGCCUUUAAAAGAGAUUUCAUCUAUCCAACAAUUAUAAAUACAGAAAAAGAAGAGAGAACUAUGUUAACCUGGCUAGGCACGCUGCCUUUACACAGCUAUGGCAAUGUAGCAAUUGGUGUACCAAUGAUGGAAGCAAGAAAAAAAUUAGAUAUGAUCCAUAAAGCUGAGAUGGAGGAGAAAGAAAGCACGGAUUCUACACCCAACAUCAGUGAUAGCAAUGAAAAUGCAACCGAACAAUCAAAAACAGAGGAAGAAAGUACCGCAGCGGUGGUAGAAAGUCAGCAGGAAGGUGAGGAGUGUGCAACAGAUCCUCAGAAUGUGGAAAGCGAGGAGAAAAUUAAGGAGGAAAUUGCGAGGUAGUAAAAGCACUUGGAUAUCAAAAUGAGCUGAAAAUGUAGUAGCUACCAUACCUGAAUUUCAUUGAUGUUAACAAAGACUGCCCUCAACAAAUGGCAGGAGGUAAAAUCACUGGCAACCCAUGUGACCAAUCACAAAGGAUUGUGGGCCAACUGAAUUAAGACUGAAAUAUAAGACCAUGAUUCCCAAACAAUGCUGUAUAGCAUGUUUGCUAAUUACUUAUGAGAUAAGACAGUAUUUUUUGUUCCUUGUUGCCCUAAUCAAUUUGGAUGUGUAUAUUGUCAAGGUACAUUUGCAUCCUGACUGCUCUAUGAAUUUGUACCAAGUCUUUAAGUGGCAUAUUAAAGGUAUUAACCACUAUUAAUCAUUUAUUUAUAUUUGCCAUUUGAGCAAACCAUGUUUUAUACCAAUCAUUCUGUUGCAAAUUCCAAGUACAAUAAUGGGACAAUAAAAAAAAUGUUAUUCCAAA